AUGAUUCACAAAGUCAAAAACCAUAAGGCAUUUCAUCUGCUGUCAAUAGUACUGAAAAGAUUAGAACAUGGGUAGUCUACUAUCUAUUAACUUUUUUAGAAUGAGCAUAUGAUUGAAACAGAUUAGUUAGCCUAGUAAUUAGAAACUUGCAUAAAAGCUAGAGAAACUGAUAAAAGCUACUUUGGCUUGACUUAGUCAUAAGCAAAUGAUAAACUUAGAACAUAUGGUCCUAAUUAACUUACUGAGAAGUAAGGCAUGCCUUGGUUUGUUCAAUACUUACUUCUAAUGACUGGACUCUUCAAUUAUAUGCUCUGGGUGGGCUCAAUUUUAUGUUUUAUUGCCUUUGGAGUCCAAGAGGACAAAAGAGAUAAAUCAAAUAUGUAUCUUGGAGUUGUUUUAAUUGGAGUAGUCUUGAUCACUGCUACAAUGUCCUAUUUCUAAUAAUCAAAAGCUGCUGCAUUGAUGGCACAGUUCAAGGAUUUUAUUCCAGCUAGAUCUACAGUCUUUAGAAGUGGGUAAAAAUUAGAGGUUAAUGCUUCUGAGUUGGUGCCUGGUGAUAUCGUUGAGAUUUAAAUUGGUGCAAAUAUUCCUGCUGAUAUAGUUCUCAUCUAAGCUAAUGAAAUGAAAGUUAAUAAUGCCUCUCUUACUGGGGAGUCGGAAGAUCUUCUAAGAGUGCCUGAUGAGAGAUCUAAAAACAUCUUUGAAAGUCCUAAUGUUGCAUUCUUUGGUACUGCAUGCACAAAUGGAAGUGGAAUAGGCAUAGUUUUUAAAACUGGUGAUUCAACUGUUAUUGGAUAAAUUGCAAACCUCGCACAAACUGCAGAUGCUGGUGAGACACCAAUCUCAAUUGAAAUAGAUAGAUUCAUUAAGAUCAUUGCAACUAUUUCCAUCUCAAUGAGUCUAAUCUUUUUCGCAAUUAACUUUGCUUUUGGUUAUCAAAUCAUCACCAACAUCAUUUUUAUGAUUGGUAUCAUCGUUGCUAAUGUACCUGAAGGACUUUAUAUCACCCUCACAGUAUGCAUGGCUUUAGCAGCUAAAAGAAUGGCAGCAAGAUCAGUUUUAGUUAAGAAUCUCUAAUCUGUCGAGACGUUAGGAUCUACUUCAUGUAUUUGCUCGGAUAAAACAGGAACUUUGACUCAAAAUAGAAUGACAGUUUCCCAUCUUUACUAUAAUUCCUAAAUUCACGAUGCUUCUAUAAAUUAUGAAAAGCUCAAAAAGAAUCCAGAGCUGAAAAUAGACUAUGAUAUAAAAGAUCAAGCCUUCAAGAGUUUGCUAGACUGCAUGAUUCUUGGAUCUAAAGCUGCAUUUGCUUUAAACCCAACUAAUGAGGAAAUCAAAGCAUAUAUUGCCAAAAAGAAAGGAUAAAAGAUUAGAGAUUAUGCUAGAUAUAACAUAACUGAGGAAGAAAAGGAGUAAGGUAGGCAAGAAUUAUUGUAAGCUGAGUUUAGCUUACCAGUUGAGAAGAGAAACGUUACUGGAGAUGCCUCAGAAACUGGUAUUAUAAAAUUUGCUCAAGGUAUAAUUGAUGUCGAAGCAAAGAGACAAAAUUGUCCAGUUUUCUCUUAUGAACUAGAUGGAAAUAUAGUUGAUACAUUGAUCCCAUUUAACUCUGAAAUCAAGUUUAACAUGUUCAUUAGGGAUAUGAAUACUGAGAAGACUAGUCCAGAGUCAAAAGAAGAUAACCUCUGCUUAUUCCUAAAAGGAGCACCUGAAAGAAUUCUUAACAGAUGCAACAAGAUCCUUAUAAAUGGUGAGGAAAAGCCUUUUGAUUAGUAUGCUGACCAUGUUAAGUUUGCAAAUGAUUCUUUUGGUAAAAUGGGUGAGAGAGUGCUCGCUUUUGCAAAACUUGAAUUAGAUCCAACAAUUUAUACAAAAGAUCCAAAGUACCAAUUUGAUGUAAAGAAUUGGAAAAAAUGGUAGCAAGUUAAGGAAAGAGAUUCAUCAAUUCCAGGCUGGUUCCCAAUGUUUAACCUGACUCUUGUAGGCAUUGUCUCAUUAAAUGAUCCCCCAAGACCAAGAGUCGAUAUGUCAGUCUAAAAAUGCAGAUAAGCAGGUAUUAAGGUUAUUAUGGUAACUGGAGAUCAGCCACCAACAGCUGCAGCAAUUGCACAUAAAGUUAACAUUAUCACUGAUCCAACCUUAGAAUAUAACUAUCUUAGACAAGAAAAGGGACUCUCACAUGACUAAGCAAUGGAGCAAUCAAAAGCUAUUGUCAUUCAUGGAGAUUUAUUAGCUGAGAAACAUGCUGAAGAAGAAAGUUUAGAUGAUCUUGAUCCAGAUAAAGGUAGAUUCUUGACAGAAUGGAUUAGCAAGCCAGAAGUUGUAUUUGCCAGAACAACACCUUCAUAAAAACUAUUGAUAGUAGAUGCCUGUUAAAGAGCAGGUCACAUUGUUGCUGUUACUGGUGAUGGCGUAAAUGACUCACCUGCAAUUAAGAAAGCUGAUAUUGGAGUUGCAAUGGGAAGUGGUAGUGAUGUUGCUAAGAAUGCAGCAGAUAUCAUCUUGCUAAAUGAUGAUUUUAGUUCUAUAGUAAUGGGAGUUGAGCAAGGCAGAUUGAUGUUUGACAAUCUUAAAAAAUCUAUCUCUUAUGCUCUUUCCGCUAACAUUCCUGAGAUAUUCCCAGUUCUUUGCAAUAUUGUCAUUUAAGUUCCAGUACCACUAUCUUCAAUUCUUAUGAUUGUUAUUUGUCUAGGUACUGACAUGUAUCCUGCUAUAGCCCUAGCUUAUGAGAAUGCAGAGUUAGACAUAAUGGAAAGACUCCCAAGAGAUUCAAAGAGAGAUAGACUAGUACCUAUGAAAUUGAUAAGUUUUUCUUAUGUUCAGACAGGAACCUUACAAGGAUUUUCUGGAAUGUAUACCUACUUUUAUAUUCUGAAUGAUUUUGGAUACAAAUUCAAUACUCUUAUAAAUCUUAACUUAGCCAAGGGAUAUGAGCCUUAACCAACUGAUAUAUACGAUCCAAAUCUCCCUAACUUUGGGAAUACUAACUAUGGAAUUGAAGACUAAUUCAGAAGUAUUUCUUGGGGAUAAAAUGAUGAUGCUUAAAUCGAUGUUAGACUAUUUUUUGUCUUCCACAACAAAGAUAGCUGGAGUAGAUGUAAAUGGAAUCCAAAUGAUGAAAGCAUACCUAGAUUUUGGAGAUACUCAAAUAUAACUGAGAAGCAACUAUGUUACACACCAGAAGCUGUGAUCUAUGUUUCAUCAGCCUUUUUCGUAGCAGUAGUAAUUACCUAAAUAGCAAAUAAUAUUAUAACCGUUUGA